AUGGCGCAAAUCACUCUCAGCCCGCCCGCCAUGCCAGCCGGUCAGAAGCGAAUUGCGGUCAUGACCUCUGGAGGUGACUCGCCCGGAAUGAGUGCAGCUGUGCGAGCUGUAGUGAGGCAGACGCUGGCCUCGGGGUGUGUAUCAUAUGCAAUCUACGAAGGGUAUCAGGGUCUGGUAGACGGCGGUGACAUGAUCAAAGAGAUGCAGUGGGAAGACGUACGGGGUUGGAUCUCAGAGGGAGGCACACUUAUUGGAACGGCGAGAUGCAAGGCGUUCAUGGAGAGACCGGGACGCUUGACCGCCGCGAACAACAUGAUCGAGCGAGGAAUUGACGCACUGGUCAUCUGUGGUGGUGACGGUUCGUUGACGGGAGCAGACAAGUUCAGAGCAGAGUGGCCGAGUCUCUUGGACGAGCUCGUAUCGUCUGGAAAGCGGACAGAAGAGGGAGUGAAGCCAUACAGACAUCUGAACAUCGUCGGCUUGGUGGGCUCGAUCGACAACGAUCUCAGCAGCACCGACGCUACCAUUGGAUGUUACAGCUCCCUGCAGCGAAUCUGUCAAGCGAUCGACUACAUCGACUCGACUGCCUUCUCCCACCAGCGUGCUUUCGUCGUCGAAGUCAUGGGCCGACACUGCGGCUGGCUUGCCCUCAUGGCUGGUGUUAGCUGCGGAGCCGAUUUCGUCUUCUGCCCGGAGAACCCACCUUCAGAGAACUGGGAAUCUGAGAUGUGCUCGAUCGUCCGCAAGCACCGCGAGUUGGGCAAGCGAAAGACAAUCGUCAUUGUCGCUGAAGGUGCCCACGACCGGAAUCUCAACCACAUUUCCCCCACCAUGGUCAAGGAUCUGCUAACAAACAAGGUCGGCCUUGACACCAGAGUCACCACUCUCGGUCACGUCCAGCGCGGUGGCCCACCCUGCGCCUACGAUCGUAUGCUUGCCACUCUUCAGGGUGUCGAAGCUGUGAAGGCAGUGCUCGACUCCACACCCGAGACUCCCUCGCCCGUCAUUUGCAUUGUGGAGAACAAGAUCGUGCGCAAGGACCUUAUGGAGGCGAUCAAAUUGACGAAAGAGGUGGCAGCCAACAUCGAGAAGAAAGACUUCGCGGCGGCUAUGAAGGGCAGAGAUGCAGAGUUUGAAGAGUUCUUGCAAGCCUUCAACAUCACAACUGCUACGGACAAAACAGACCUGCUCCUCCCAGCAGAGAAGCGCAUGCGCGUUGGUAUCAUCCAUGUUGGUGCACCAGCAGGUGGCAUGAAUGCAGCUACUCGCGCCGCUGUUGCAUACUGCCUGACCAAAGGCCACACUCCAAUUGCACUGCAUAACGGCUUCCCAGGACUCUGCCGUCACCACGAUGAUGAGCCCCUCGGCUCGGUUAGGGAGAUCACGUGGCUUGACGCAGAGCAGUGGGCUUCAAAGGGAGGUUCUGAGAUCGGCACCAACCGUGGUCUGCCAUCUGAAGACUUCAAGACAACUGCAUACUGCUUUGAGAAGUACAAGAUUGACGCUCUGUUCGUCGUGGGUGGUUUCGAGGCUUUCACCUCCGUCUCUGAGCUGCGAAAAGCACGAGACCAGUACGAUGCCUUCAAGAUCCCCAUGGUCUGCUUGCCAGCCACCGUCUCCAACAACGUCCCCGGUACUGAGUUCUCCAUCGGCUCCGACACCUGCUUGAACGCCCUCAUCGACUACUGCGACGCCAUCAAGCAAUCCGCAUCUGCCUCUCGCCGAAGAGUCUUUGUGGUUGAGACGCAAGGUGGUGCCUCUGGGUACAUCGCUACCAUCGCUGGUCUGUCCAUUGGCGCCCUCGCAGUGUACACACCUGAAGAAGGCAUCCACUUGAAUAUGCUUGUCGAGGACAUCAAGUUCCUCAAGGACCAAUUCGCAAAGGACAGGGGCCACACUCGAUCCGGCAAGAUCAUCCUGCGAAACGAGAAAGCCAGCAGCGUCUACACUACUGAGUUCAUCGCGGACUGUAUCAAGGAGGAGAGCGGCGGCAAGUUCGAUUCGAGAUUCGCCGUUCCAGGUCACGUUCAGCAGGGAGGAAUUCCUUCCCCUAUGGACCGUGUACGUGCUGUUCGUUUCGGUGUCAAGUCUCUUCAAUAUUUGGAGACCAUGUACGGCAAAUCCAAGGAUGAGAUUGCCAAGGACCCAAUGUCCGCCGCGGUCAUCGGUAUUCGUGGUGCCAGAGUCAAGUUCAGCCCCAUGGAGAAGAUUGAGCGGGAAGAAACGGAUUGGAAGGACCGUCGUCCCAAGGAUGAGUUCUGGAUGUCUCUCGUUAACGUCGUUGACACUCUCAGUGGCCGUCCCAAGGCAAGUCGGUCUGCCAUUCCAGGAAGCCCAGGCAGCCCGGCCUUGACCAAUGGCAGUAGCAAGUAG